UCGCGUCUCUGUACUCAUGGAUCAUGACCGUCGAGCGUGUUGUGGUGUGGCAUCACUGCCGUUUGCCGGAUUCAACAUGUAGGAGCGCAUUUAAAUUGCCUGUUCCUCCUUCAUAUACACAACGAUGGCAGAUUUUAACGACGGGGUGGACGGGAAGCUGGCUUUUCGAAUGCGAAAGGUCAAUCCCGAGCAAUUUCACACGCUCGUCAAAAUGCACCUGUCCUUCGAACUGGAUCUUAACACGGAAGACAGCGACGGUAUUACGGAGAAGGCGAGGUUGAAGAAAUGGGGCCUUCUGAGCUUCACCAAGAAGUCCAAGUCUUCGGUCAACUUGGAAAAGGGUACAGAAGGAGUUAUGCUGUCCGAGGAUGGCAUAAAUCAUUUGACACAACUGAUAGAUUAUCUGUCCAAGGAACAAAAUAUCGUGCAGGAGGGAAUAUUCCGACGCACUGGAAAAUUAACGAGGCAGCAGGAUUUAAAAACAGCCAUGUCUCAAGGUGUAUUUUUAGAUCUCGACGAUGGUAGAUUUAGUGUACACGAUUGUGCCUCUGUGUUGAAAGGGUUUCUGGCGGAGCUGUCUGAACCGCUACUGACGGACUUGCAUUAUCCAGCGCAUUGCCAGAUUGCUGAAUUGUGCAGCUUGGAUGCCAAAACGAACGACGCGAGGCUAUUGAGCUCCCUGCAGUUGCUGCUGCUGCUCCUGCCGCCUCCCAACAGAAUUUUGCUGAAGGCUAUUCUCACCCUGUUGAAUAAGACGGCGAGUUACGAGCAUAGCAACAAAAUGAACAGCGACACGCUGGCCACUCUCUUCACGCCGCAUCUGUUGUGCCCGCGAAAACUGUCGCCCGAGGCCCUGCAUAUCAAUUCGCAGAAUCUGUCGUGUCUAGUCGCAUUUAUGAUUAGGAAGGGUACGGAGUUGUUUGAGAUUCCACCAAAAUUGGCUACAGAUAUACGGGCGUAUUGGAUGGAGCAGGAGAGAAAAUUGCUGAGCCCCAAGAAGACUGAUCUAAAUGAGUCGGUGCCAGACGCAACCAGUACUGCCCACACCGUGUUCAGUUUCGUCGAUCGUAAGUUAACGGCGAAGGCUAAUUCCACCCAAGACACGCAGGCAGCCUUGGCUCAGUUAUACGCUCAUAUACAAGCCAUGCCGGAGUCCGCCAAGAAGCGGCGGCUUGUGAAACAGUUUAACAAGGAAAACGGACAGGGUACACCUAGGCACGUGAAGAAUUGCAAAACCAAGAGCCUCGGGGAUUCCAUCAAGAAGCAUAUCUUUCAGAAGAAAAUCCUAGGCCACAAGAAGUUCGUUGACAUUAAUAUCGGAUGCAAUUUCACUAGAUCGAGCAGCGAAGAGAAUAUAUUGUCAACGAAACUGGAAGACUCGUUUCUUCCGGCGAGAACGGUUCUUAGCAAAUCAAACGACGAGCUUAGCACGGAAAACUGUGAUACAACUAACAACGAUCGUUUACAUGUCAAACACACGUGUAGUAUAGAUAGCAUUAAGAACGAGACUUCGACGACGAGUUGUAAAGCAAAAAAGACGAUAUCGAUCGAUGAAUCUGCCGACACGAGAGACGAGGUGGAACACGAAAAGAACACGCAGCACGAUACUAAACCGGGCUUGGGCUCGAUCGAGCUCAGUUUAGGUGCAAGUUUAGAAGAGAUCAAUGUAAUGAUUAACGAGAAUAGUCAAUCUGACGCUGGUAAAUUAACACGACCGCUCAGUGAACCGCCCGACUUGUAUUCCACUCAUGUGACUCACUGUGACAAUUUAAUGGUGACUAACGGUGGAUUGGUACGACGAAAUUCAGAAUCUACUUUCGCAUCUGUCGCUACGUCAAAUGUACAAAGCGCUCCUUCGAAAACUCGUAUCCCGAAUGUAAAAUCGUCCGAGGCUACUUCGAAUGUCGAAUCGCACGCUGAAAACGCAUGUACACAUAAUUUGCAGUCCCCGAUGGUGAAGAACAGAUUCAGGAAUGUGUAUGCUGUUCACACGUCGACGCCAUCGAGUUUACUACGACGAAGCUUGGCAACUAACGAUUAUCUCUUGACUCCCAUUACUAACAAUGACAGAAGCAUGAGUCCAAUUACGCAAAGCGCAACAAAGAUGACGAAAGCCAUGCAGGAAACUAUGAUGACUCCGCGCUCCAGGAAACCAGUAAUGAUAGUUUCAACUUCGAAUCUAUGCAAUCUCGUCACUGGCCACAACGGUUGCGAUUUACGUGGGUCAAAUUUGGACAACAUGGUCGGUGCAAUAAAUAAUUGCGCUUCCAUUUUGGAGGAGUCCCAGACGUACAACAGUACGGACAACGCGCUGGCUCACGCGAAAGACGUCGAGAUUAAAGAAAAUAACGUAUUGGACACGCUGGAGAAGCACAGCUGCGUACAAUCGGUCGCACAUUGUUGCGCCUGUACGCAACAGAGUUCGAUGUCGAUAACGAGCACGUUCAGGGAAUAUCUGUUGUCAAGGAGCGUGUUGACCGCCAGCCCCGUCGAUCUCAGCUUCACGUCGCGGACGGGCGACUUCGAGCAGUCGGAAUCCGAUUUGAAUAUAUUGAACGACGAUACGCUGUCCGACAGUUUGCUACGCUGCUUGGACGGCAAUCAACCAGAAUCUGACACUUCCGGCAUAGCAUCCGGCAGCACGAAUAGCGCGAACAAUUCCACCGAGAAAACGGAGGAGAUACCAUCACCGAGGAAACGUGGGACCAGUUUGCAGCGAAACGAUUCUAAAAAGUCCGCGAGAGAAAGCGCGGUCAAGAGUACAAAAAGCGAGGAGUGCAAACAUAAACUGCGAGACGAAUCGACGUUAAAUCCAACAAAGAUGAAGGAUAGCUUUCAAGAGACAUCAUUUUAAGCUAUCCGCACAAGUUAUUUAAUUAUUAAUAUAUCGUUAAGUAUAAGUAUAGUUUUGUACUUUGUAUACUUCGAAGUUAAAGGAGCCUAAGGAGAGUUGCCACAUUAAGUUUACCAGUAGGACACAUUAUACAGAGUGUUUCACAUAACUGGGCGGAGCUGUGUCUUCAAAACGAUUGGAGAUGGAAGAAAAGGGCCAAAAGCAGAAUUAAAUGAUAGAUAUUUUACAUUUCUGUAUUACUUUCGUGCAUUUUUGUGCGUAAGCACUAUUACAAAGUGCAGUUAUGUUUAAAGUGAAACUUCAUAUUUUUAAGUGCGCUGCUAAUCGAUGCAGUUUUCCUGCUUUACAAAAGACUAUUGUAAGGUUGUGCUUGUAGAAAUUGUUAAUUUAGAAUUAUUUUAACUGAUUACAAAGAGACCUAUUAGAUUCGCGAUAAAUUUUGACCAUAACUUUAAAAUAGAUUUUUGUAGAGAAGAAAAAACUACAUUAAUUAGUGCAUCUAAGAAAUCCAAUUAAAAAAACGUGCAAUUGUAUUUUGUAAUCCAUACAAAAGUGCAUGAAAGUGAUACAGAAAUGUGAAUCAUCUAAAAACAAUUAAUUUUACCUCAUGACAUUUUUUUUCUAUCUCCAACUAUUUUCAAAAUACAUUUUCGCCCAAUUACGUGUGAGACAUUCGAUAUAUAAUUUUGUCUCGAAUAUAAAUUGAUUAUCCAACUGGAUCAUUUAUUUCAUUUAUGUGGAAAUUAAAUCGUUACUAACUGUGCAUAUGAUGCAAGGAUAUUUAAAAGAAUUUCGUUUUCUUCUUUUGUGACAAUAUUGAUAAAGAUGUUUAUAAAAGCUGUGUAUUGCUAUAAAAUGCAACACAGUAUUUUUCUAAUUCAUUUUGUAAUCAUCAAAUUGCACAAUACAUAACGAUACACUUUGAUUCGAGUGUAAUUAUCAUAUCUUUAGGCUUUAUUAUUAUCUUUAUAAUAUCUUAAACAAGUUUAAGUUAAUUUGCAAUGAAAAAGUUUAAGUAUUUAUAAGUAAAAUUAAACUAUAUGAGAACCAACUUGGCAUUUAAUCAUUUUAUUUACGAGAACUUAAAUAUUUUAAAAAUUAUUCAAGAUUAAUCUGUUAUAUAUAUAUAUACUAUAUAUGAAAGUCAUGUAAAUCUAAUCAGAAUGUAUUAUCUUUUUUGUUCUUAAA